AUGCCAAAAGCACCAAAGGCUGACAGUGAGAAGCCAAAACGCGAGAAGAAGGUUACUGGCGAGAAGCGUCCUACCACUCUAUAUCAGACCUAUAUGAAAGAGAAAUUGCCAGAGUACAAGGCGAAGAACCCCGGAGUUUCACACAAGGAUGCCUUUUCUGCUGUCGCCAAGCUCUGGAAGGAUGCGGACGAAAAUCCGAAUAAGGGGAAGGACACUUCGGCUGCUGAUAAACCUGCCAAAGUUCAAGCUGCUUCGAGGAAAGCACCGAAAGAGGCGUGA